UGUUCCCAAUAAUUUACCAAACAGCCACAGGCACCAAACAAAAUAGGCGGGAAAAUCAAAAUUUUCGAGACACAUUGGCGGAAAACAAAUUCCACUCCAAACCGGAAAAAUCAAUCGGAAAACAAACUUAUUAAUCCAAAGAAAUUAACAGAACAAAUCCGAAAUUAUUUAGAUUGAGUAAAUGCAAUCCAAAAUAAACUCCUUUUUCAAACCUUCCUCUUCUUCGCCUCCUCCAAAACUCAACCCAGACACCUCCGUACCUCAAAUUUCCGACGACGGUACCGACGAUUUGGCUCUCUGGGAGAAAGCCCAACACCAAUUUCUCAACAUUUACCACCGCAGAUCUCCGAAAUUAGCUAAUGGGGAAAACAGAGCUGAGUCUAACAAAGGAGACGAGUUAACAAAACCAGUCUCAAUGGAUUUGAAUUUAAAUGUAAAGCAAAGAUCCAAAGCGAUAAACAAUAAAAGAAGUUAUGCACAAUUCUAUUUGGACUUGGGUCAAUCUGAUUUCAAUUUGAAAGCUUGUUCUGUAUGUGGAGUUAAGUAUGCGCCGGGAGAAGAAGGAGAUGAGAAAGAACAUAAAGUAUUUCAUAAGAAUUACACUUGUGGAGUUCAAUUCAAGGGUUUUCGGAACGAAAGGGUUGUUCGUGUGCCUUGUGAUGGAGGGGGUCGGAUUGUUUUGGUGUCGGAUUGUGACUCUUCUGCUCAGAGAAAUAAGGUUCAGGAAGUAGUGAGUAUGAUGGAAAUUGAGCUUGGAGGUGGAUGGAUUUUUCAUAAGCUCUGUAAGGUGUAUCUAUAUAUUUCAUCUCAGAGAGUUGCUGGUUGUUUAGUUGCUGAACCAAUAAAAGAAGCAUUCAAAGUUCUUCCACGCGCAGAAGAUGAAAGAUUGAGGAGUGCCUCUAAUAAGAAAUCAAAAUUAAACGCAACCACUCUUCGAUUUGGAGAAAUUAUAUUGCAGAGAGAAAUCACUAAGAAAGUCUCCACUGUUGAUUCUCUUAAUGAGUUGAGUGGAAACCAGAAUGGAGCUAUUAUUUGUGAAGAAGACGCUGAGCCUGCAAUUUGUGGCAUUAGAGCAAUAUGGGUCACUCCCUCUAACAGAAGAAAACGCAUUGCCACCCAGCUACUUGAUGCUGCGAGGAGAAGCUUUUGCAUGGGUUAUAGUGUUGAACAAUCUCAAUUAGCAUUUUCACCGCCUUCAGCUGCUGGAAAGGCAUUGGCAUCAACUUAUACAGGCACUUCAUCAUUCCUGGUAUACAAGCCUAUAGCAGUUAACAAUCAAAAGCUACACUAAAUCAAAGAUUCAACUCACUGAUUUCAUUGUUUCAUCUACUUUUCUACCCUCAAUUCUCUUAUUGCUGCAAUGAUG